CGCCAAUGGGAGCGCGCGGCGGCUCUUUUCGAACGUCCCGGAGCGGAGCGGGGGUGCCGCGCCCCGGGCCCAGCGAGCGCCCGGCGGUUGGUACCCUGCCAGGCAUCGCCUUCCUGGAGGAGGUAGAAGAUGGCUGAACACUUGAAAAAGCCCUUCAAUGAGAGUCUGCAGGAUAUUAAAGAGCGAAUGAAAGAGAAAAGAAGUCAGAAAUGGAUAAAGUUCAGUAAAAUGAGCCAGUUCUCUGCUGUGAAGUGCAAAAUAAUAACCAGCACCUCCAAGCAAACAAAAAGCAUCCAAGCCAACAACAGAGCUCUAGCUCAGGCUUUGCAAGAAUCAAAGCUCAAACUGAAGGAUGCUGAGGAUACCAUCCUUAAGUUAAGGAAAGACUAUCAAGAUCUGAAGGUUCAGAUGUUUGCUUUGCAAAGAAAUCUUAGGUUCAUGCAAGCACAAGGACUUGUUGAGAAUCGACUGUCUGCCUUGAAUCAGAUAAUUUCGACAGUUUCUCAGAAUUUACUGAACUCUAUUGAUCUCCUUGGCCCAGCAAAGGACUUGUGUUCCACAGGUGUAAGUCAGAGUGGGCUUUCCUCAGUUCUUGAAAAUAGUUCCAGUGUUGUAGGACUAAAACCUUCAGUAGGACCUCUACAGCAUACCAAUGGAAGUGAUCAAUUAAUUCCAAGUGGGAUGGAGCUUGAUAGCAAUAGAAAUGGGCUGUCUCAUUCUGUUUCAGAGAGUAGGGAGGAAUCUGACAAUGCCAUUUCACUUCUCAAAAUAGUUCCAGAUAAAGGACAAACAUCUGAUUUUCCAAUUCUGACCCUGUCUUGUCCAGAUGAAAAUGUUUCUUCACGUAGCAAGGAUGCAUUUGGUAAUGUGUUACCAAAAGGUGUGUCCUCCAGGCCUCGCUAUUCAGAGAUGAGAAAUCGCCAUGAACUUUGCACUGGUGUCUUGGACUAUAUAGAAGCAUGUGACGUAAUAGAAGAGCUUUCUCAAGACGAUGAUGGAAUUACACUUGAGGGAAGUCUAGAGAAGUGUGCUAUGCAAAACGUAAAUUCAGGUAUUUCUUCACUGAAUAAAAACAAAGUAGGUUCAGAGCUGGUGUUGAGACAGAUAGAUUCUGAAUCUGCACAGUCCAAUUUAGGCAGUAAUUCUGAUCUUAAAAAACGUGAAUGUAAAGGCAGAGAAGACUCUCAAGUAAGGAAAGAGAAACAACAGAAAGGAAAACUGGAAUGUCCUAAAAAUACUUCCAGACAAAGACCAAAAAAAAGACAGAAGAAAGAGCUGGAUUUGUUUGGUGGUUCCAGUGAUGCUUAUGACUUCAAUUUUGAAGAGCGUGUCCAUGUUACACCUUUUCGACAAAAAAGGGAGAAUGACACAGAUAUUGGUGUGGAUGACAAAGACGACCUAUCUGAAACUAAUACAAGCGAGUCAAGCUAUACUGAAGAAGAUUCAGAUGACAGUCUCUAUAAGCCUUACAAGAGUAAAUCAAAAAAAAAUUCAGUGGACAAAGAAGAUGUGUUGCCAGUCCAUCCAAGGCCAAGGUCCAAAAGAUGUUUGGCACAGCAUGAGCAGAAACUCCACAAUGAAAAAGAGACUGACAGCAGUAAAUCAAGUGACAAGUCUAUUAGGCAGCCUUCUGAGCCAUCUCGUGGUCAUCUCUGUGAUGUUACCAAUACUGCUUCAUUGCUCCCUAGCACUGGGAAUGCAACUAUUGACCCAGAAGAUGAAGGGCUACGCUCUCCAAAACGCAAGCGCAGCUGUACUAUUACUGUGAACUAUAAAGAACCAAGUAUUGCAGGAAAACUCAGAAGAGGAGAUCCAUUCACAGAUACAAAUUUUCUGAACUCUCCAAUUUUCAAGCAGAAAAAAGAUGCUAAACGCCGUUCUCUCAAGAAAGCAGCUCUGCCAAAAUACAAUGAGAAAUUUGUUGGUUCAAGAGAUUUCAAGUCAUGAUGGAAAACCAUCCUUACUCCAUGAAGAAAGGAAGUCUUUUUAUCCAGGAAAUUAUUGCUGCACGAUAUCUUACACAAAUAUGUAAUUAUUUCUAUGUCUUUAAUAUUAAGGACAUUAGAACUAAGGGCAGUUGUUCAUAAUCCAGUGACUUGUUUUUAAUGAUGGAGAAACUACUUUUUUAACUAAGAUUAUUCCAUUCAAACUCUUUUCGUAGGAAUAUAUCAGAAAUAACUGUUUUAAAACAUGUUGAACAUAAUUUUACGACUUACACCCUAUGUGAUCUCACAGUGGUUGGCAAAGGUCAACUUCGUGCACUUAGGAUCAAAUCUAUUAUAAGCAGUUUU